AUGUGCAUGUUCAAAAGUCUAGUUUUUACUGUUGCUGUAAGCUUCAUAGUUUUCCAAAGUGUGUUAAGUGAAAAAAAUCCACUCUGCAAUGGACAAAACUGUGACAAAUUUUUUGAAAAUUAUCUGAAUGAAUAUAACAUAAACGUUUCGAAUAAUACCAUUAAGGCUCAAUAUAAGAAACAAUUCCUGGCAAAUCUUCGAGAAAUUCGAAACUUUAAUGCUAAAGAAGUAAAUGCUUUUAAAAAAGGAAUCAACAAAUUUUCCCAUCUUUCAUACAACGGAGUUGUGAGCCAGAGUCUUGGAUUAGAUUCAAUUUCAACCCCAAUUCUUGGUAUUAUUACUUCUAAGCCUGCUGCCAGCAAAUGCUCAAUCGAUUCAUUUGAUUGGAGAAAUGAAGGUGCUAUUACAGCAGUAAAAGAUCAAGGAAGUUGUGGAAGUUGCUUUGCAUUUGCAGCAAUUGGAGCAAUAGAAAGUCAAAUAUCAAUCAAUUACAACAAAAAUAUAUCACUAUCCGAGCAGUAUGCAAUGGAAUGUAUUUACAACUUUUGGAAAAUCGGAGGUGAUGCAUGUAAUGGUGGACAACCUAGCUAUGUUUAUUACCUUUCAUAUAUUAAUCGAGGUUUUCCAACAGAAAAAAGUGUUCCUUAUCAUGCUUACGAUGAUGGGAUUUGUCCUUUAAAUGUUUCAUUUGUUAAAGAAGCAGGAAUCACUAGUUAUCGAACUUUUACUGGCUAUAGAGAUAAUGAAAUUGCUUGCUUGCUUGCUGCAAACGGACCUUUGUCUGUUGCAAUAUUUGUUAACAGCUCACUAAUUCAGUAUAGUGGCGGAAUCUAUGAUGAUGAAGAGAGUUGUGGACCAAAUCCUACUCCCAAUCAUGCUGUUCUUUUAAUUGGAUUUGGUGUUGAUUCAAACAACAAUAUAAGUUAUUUUACAUUAAAAAAUUCUUGGGGAACUUCAUGGGGCGAACAAGGCUUCUUCCGAAUGAAAAAAGGAAUUAAUCUGUGUAACAUUAAUUCUCUUCCACAGCAACCAUACAUGUAG